UAAUGUCUGCGCCCCGUCGCAUAAAAACAUUAGUUUAUGGACACUAGUGUGAAGAAAGAGCUGCUCUGCGCUUUACGUUUGAUUUUUUAGCAGAAUAUAAUGUCAGAAAACGCUGUUAGCUUACAUGAGUGUGUAGACUAUAGAUUAAUACAAAGUCUAUAGAGCAGACUGGCCGCUGGAAACAGUUACUAGUGGAGUUUUUAACCCGCAGGACAGCAGCUGUUGCUAAGGAGACAACAGCGUUUAACGACUUCAUUCAUUCAUAAAUAUGAUGGAGGAUUUCUCUGGUUUGGCUCUUCCUCCUCUGUUUGGAGGACACAUCCUGGAGGCAGAGCUGGAGCCUGGUGGUGUGGAGCUGGGACCAGGAGAGGUGGAGCUGGGCCCGGGAGGCGAUGAGCUGCUGGAGAGUACAGCACAGGAGGAAGAAGAGAGAAGAGCUCUUGAUAAGAGGAAAUGUCUGUCUCUGAACAGGAGAUGUAAAGAUAUUGAACAGGUGAAUCAAAAGAUUCUUGGUCGCCUUCAUCAAGUCCAAAGAAUUACACGGCGCUUGAAGAAGGAGAGACGGUUUCUCAUGAAGACUUUAGAUGCUCAUGGGGACGACUACAGAAACGCCCAGCUCACUAUACUUCUAGAGGAUGAGCCUGGAGCCCAUUUAGAUCCUGCUGCUGGAGUGGAGGAUGACCGGCUCAAUGGUGUGUCUGGUUCCACUACGUCUGCAGCGUUGCAUCAUGCUGCCGGACCAAAGAGGAGGAGGCAUCGAAUUCCACGGCAAGAAAAGGAUAAAGACCAACAGACUGAACCAGACAUGUCAGAGACACAGUUUGGAGAAAUGCCCAGCCCAACCUCUCUGUCUCACUGAUCAUUGCACUGCAGCCCUGGAUAUGAUGAUGAUGAUGAUGAUGAUGAUGAUAAUGAUGAUGCUGAUGAUGCUGAAGGAGCACCCAGUUUCUUUAAUUGUUCAGUAGAUACUUUGCCUCUGUCCAGCCAAGUUAUUCACUGAUUGCAGUUUUACUUGAAUUGUGAACAUUGAAUUAAUGUAAGGUAAGAUGAGAUGUCAUUCACCUGGUAUACAGUAUAUAUAUAUUUGUUUUGUAAAUAUUAUUGUCUGUUGUCAUAUUUUGUACUCACAUAAUUAUGACCAGUGGCAAACUGUGCACAAUGUCACAGACAGCCUUGUUUGGUAAAUAUCUAGCAACCUAGCUGCACUUAUCGUAGGGUUGCAAACUUGUGUUAUCGAUGGCUUUCACAGUACAUUCCUGGAUACUCUCAAUGAUUUCAUGGUUCAUGAUAUUUCAGUAAAUGCUAAAAUAAAACACAUCACACAGUUCAGAGCUAAAUGUAGGAGGCUGGUUACUGACCCAUCAGUCCAAUAGCACAAGAGACCAGGAUAACAGGAACAACGUUAGCCACCGUUAGCAACACAUCCAAUGUCACGUUUUUCCUUUUAUAACGACUGGAUAUUAUUAUGUUAAAGAAAUAAACUGCUAUUUGACUGU